AUGGAGCACGACCAUGAGCUAGCUCUAGAGCAGUUACGCCAAAUGACUAGAUGGCCGCUCUGUUGCCGAGAACAAAGGAGGAAAAUUAAGAGACAACCAGAGGGCUUUGCUAGCCACCAUUAUUUGCCACCGGCUAAAUUUUCCCAAAAUGCAGGCACAGGACAAUUUGGAACUGAUUCACAGCAGCCGAGCUCCAAGGGAACUAGCUUUGGAAGUCAAAAAGGCCAUAUGCAGCCUGUAGGGACACCAGAUUCAACCAUUCUAGGUGCCUCAAAAACCUUGUUUACCUAUGAAGAGUUGACGGAGAUAACAGGUGGAUUUUCUCGCCAAAAUGUUAUUGGUGAGGGUGGCUUUGGCUGUGUGUACAAGGGAUGGCUGUCGGACAGGAAAGAAGUUGCUGUUAAGCAGCUCAAGGCAGGUAGCGGACAAGGGGAACGAGAAUUCAGGGCUGAAGUAGAGAUAAUUAGUCGUGUUCAUCAUCGACAUUUGGUUUCUCUGGUGGGUUACUGCAUAUCUGAGCAGCAUAGGUUGCUCAUCUAUGAAUUUGUUCCAAAUAAAACUCUGGAGCAUCAUUUACAUGGUGAGGGACUGCCAGUGCUGGACUGGGUCAAAAGACUCAAGAUCGCUAUAGGCUCUGCAAAGGGUUUGGCAUAUUUGCAUGAAGAUUGUCAUCCGAAGAUCAUCCACAGGGACAUCAAGUCAGCAAACAUUCUUUUGGAUGAUGCUUUUGAGGCACAGGUCGCAGACUUUGGACUUGCCAGGCUAACCGACACUACGCAAACCCAUGUUUCAACUCGUGUUAUGGGGACAUUCGGAUACCUGGCACCAGAGUAUGCAACCAGUGGAAAAUUGACAGAUAGAUCAGACGUAUUCUCAUUUGGGGUCGUGCUUCUGGAGCUUAUAACUGGGCGUAAACCUAUUGAUACAAAUCAGCCUUUGGGGGAAGAGAGUCUGGUUGAAUGGGCCCGUACAAAUCUUAUUCAAGCUAUUGAAACUGGUGACAUCAGUCAAUUAGUGGAUCCACGACUUGAAAAGCAUUAUGUUGAAGGUGAGAUGUUUAGAAUGAUUGAGACAGCUGCUGCAUGUGUCCGUCAUUCUGCUCCUAAACGUCCACGAAUGGCACAGGUGGUGAGAGCACUGGACAGCGAAGCAGAAAUGUCUGAUCUCAGUAAUGGGGUGAAAGUUGGUCAGAGCACUGCUUAUGAUUCUAGUCAGUACAGCAAAGAUAUCUUGGAAUUUAGAAGGAUGACAUCUUACUUUAAUGAAAACUCAGAGUAUGACACAUGGAGUGAGGAAUAUUCAUCUAGGAACACACCCCAUGGACACUCAACAUCGAAGAGAUCCAGAGAAAGUUCAAGUGAAUAUGCAAGUAAUGAGUCUGAAACUCGAGCUUUCAACUCCUAUAGUGGUGAGAGAAAUUAAACACAGCAACUAUGGUGGCCAACAGUUUAAAUGAAGGUGAACUUCUUGAUUUUCCAGCAUUGUGGUUUAAAAAGCCAUAGGUGCCUUAGAUUUGCUUGGUACCACAAAAAUUUUCUUAUGCAUGUCAAUAAUAAUGCUAGAUUCUUAGUUCAUUCAAAACAGCUUAGCAUAUUAUCAUAGGAGUAAACCUCCAAAUUAUGAUUUCUACCCUUUUUUCCCCUUUGCCUUCUUUUGUGUAAUGGGUGCAGGGUGGGGGUGAGGUUGUUGACCAAGAUAUCUUCAACUGAAGCAGGAUGAUUUCAGUCCUUGAGAGUGUAUUCGUGAGGAAUUACAAAAUAUAUCUUGACUGAAUAUUUAAAUAUAUAUACGAAGUUAGGUCUUGAUGACUAA